GGCUCCUUUCCUCAUUCCUCUCCUCCCGUUCAUUGUUGCCUUUCAGUGGUCUUGUGGGCACGAUGUGAUGGCUUGUCAGGACUGGUGCUGGAAUCUCCUUUUAAGCAUCCACCCAGCACAGGGAAGGGAUAUUGUGGCUGGUCCUGCAGUGGCAGAAAGCUCCAUCCUCUGGAGCAGAUGAGCCUGUGGGGCCAUAGCACCUGUCAGGCACCGAGCCCCCUGACUGCCCAGUCCCGGAAGAGCUCUGCUGUGUCACAAAGCUUGAUAAGGUUUCCAACUGACUCCAGCCUGUGGGGUGCCUAGCAGCUGGUGGAAGCCCUGCAGCUGGGCUGUUUGAGGUCUGCCAGCUUUUCUCUGCUGUCCUGGUGCCUGCUGGCUCAGCUGGGGGAUGAGCUCUUAUGCAACUGGACCUUGGCUUGUGCCCAGUGGGCUGCUGCAAUUGGAGCAGGAGGGUGGCUGCCUGGAAUGAUGCUGGUGCAAUGCAGAAGAGCGUAAAGGAGGGGCUGUUGCUGAAGCAGACGAGCUCCUUCCAGAGGUGGAAGAGACGAUACUUCAAGCUGCGAGGCAGGACACUUUAUUAUGCUAAGGAUGCCAAGUCCCUGAUCUUCGAUGAGGUGGACCUGUCUGAUGCCAGUGUGGCCGAGACCAGCACCAAGAACAUCAACAACAGUUUCACGGUGAUCACGCCAUUCAGGAAGCUCAUCUUAUGUGCGGAGAACCGGAAGGAGAUGGAGGACUGGAUCACGGCCCUGAAAUCUGUCCAGAAGUGGGAGAUCCAUGAGGCCACACAGUUCAACAUGGAGCACUUUUCGGGCAUGCACAACUGGUACGCCUGCUCCCACGCCCGCCCCACCUUCUGCAAUGUGUGCCGCGAAGCCCUUCCAGGGGUCACCUCCCAUGGCCUCUCCUGUGAAGUCUGCAAGUUCAAGGCACACAAGCGCUGUGCUGUCAGAGCCACAAACAACUGCAAGUGGACGACUCUGGCCUCCAUCGGCAUUGAAAUCAUCGAGGAUGAGGACGGGGUAGCCAUGCCCCAUCAGUGGCUGGAGGGGAACUUGCCCGUCAGCGCACGCUGCGCUGUCUGCGACCGGACCUGUGGCAGUGUCCGGAGGCUGCAGGACUGGCGGUGUCUCUGGUGCAAGGCCAUUGUUCACAGUGCCUGCAAGGAGCUCCUUGGCAAGAGGUGCCCCCUGGGCCAGUACAAAGUGUCCAUCAUCCCACCAACUGCCUUGAACAGCAUCGAUUCUGAUGGUUUCUGGAAAGCCACCUGCCCCUCCACCUGCUCCAGCCCUCUCCUGGCCUUUGUCAACUCCAAGAGUGGGGACAACCAGGGUGUCAAGUUUCUGCGCAAGUUCAAGCAGUUCCUCAACCCAGCCCAAGUCUUUGACCUCAUGAAUGGGGGCCCACACCUGGGGCUGCGCCUCUUCCAGAAGUUCUCCACCUUCAGAAUCCUGGUGUGUGGUGGGGAUGGCAGCGUGGGUUGGGUGCUCUCUGAGAUUGAUGCCCUUGGCCUCCACAAGCAGUGUCAGCUAGGUGUCCUGCCGCUGGGGACUGGUAAUGACCUUGCACGGGUCCUGGGUUGGGGCAGCCUAUGUGACGAUGACACUCAGCUGCUGCAGAUCCUGGAGAAGCUGGAAAGGGCCACCACCAAAAUGCUGGACCGGUGGAGUGUGCUUACCUAUGAGGCCCCCAAGCAGUCCCCCUCAGCCCUGAAGGAGGAUGAAAAUGGGGACUCCAACAUCCAGGUCCAGAUCUCCCAUUAUGCGGACUCUGUUGCCUUCCACCUGGCCAAGAUCCUGGAGUCAGACAAGCACUCAGUGGUGAUCUCCUCUGCAAAGUUCCUCUGUGGUACUGUCAAUGACUUUGUGACUGAAGUUGGGCGGGCUUACAAGAGGGCGACAGAGAACAAGCAGGAGGCUGAGCUGAUGGCACGGAAGUGCGCCAUGCUGAAUGAAAAGCUGGACUCGCUGGUGCGGGAGCUGAAUGAGGAAGCUCAGGCCAUCAUGGUCCCUGAAGAAAUGGCACAGGCCACCCAUGCUGAUGUCAAGGACCAGGAGAAAGCUGACAGCUUCAACCCCAACCCCCAGCAUCGGAUCUUCAAAUCCAAGGAGCAGCUCAUGCUGCGGGCAAACAGCCUGAAGAAAGCCCUGCGGCAAAUCAUUGAGCAGACAGAGAAAGCUGUGGAUGAGCAGAACAAGCAGACCCAAGCCUACCAGGGCAGUGUGGGCCCCAGCAAGGACAGCUCGGAGGAGUUCAGCAGGGAGGAGGAGAAGCUCAGCUCCCGGCGGGUGACGGUGACCUCUGCGUCUUCCUCCAUCAUCCUGGACCGGCCAGACACCUUUGGCAGCUUGCAGUUCCCUGAAGACCCCGGCACCCUACACUUCUUGGAGAAAUGUGUCAUGAAUAACUACUUUGGCAUCGGCCUGGAUGCAAAGAUCUCCCUGGAGUUCAACAACAAACGCGAUGAGCACCCCAAGAAGUGCAGCAGCCGCACCAAGAACAUGAUGUGGUAUGGGGUGCUGGGCACGAAGGAGCUCCUGCAGCGCACCUACAAGAACCUGGAGCAGCGGGUGCAGCUGGAGUGUGACGGGGUGCCUAUCUCACUGCCCAGCCUGCAGGGCAUUGCUGUCCUCAACAUACCCAGCUAUGCCGGGGGCAUCAACUUCUGGGGAGGCACCAAGGAGGACAAUAACUUUGGGGCUCCAUCCUUCGAUGACAAGAAGCUGGAGGUGGUGGCAGUCUUUGGCAGCAUCCAGAUGGCCGUGUCACGGGUCAUCAACCUCCAGCACCAUCGCAUUGCACAGUGCCGUGUGGUGAAGAUCACCAUCCGGGGCGAUGAGGGUGUCCCUGUGCAGGUGGAUGGAGAAGCCUGGAUCCAGCCACCUGGCAUCAUCAAAAUCCAGCACAAGAACAGAGCCCAGAUGCUGACAAGGGACCGGGCAUUUGAAAGCACCCUCAAGUCUUGGGAGGACAAGCAGAAAGGUGAGAGCUACCGAGCAGCCACACGGCCACGGCUCAGCUCCCAGCAGUCCAUGGAGUACCUGACCGAGGAGGAGAGCAGCCUCUUGCAGCAGGUCUCACGGGUUGCUGAGACCCUCAUUGCCAGGAUCCAUGAGGCAGCCAAGGCUCACAAAGCCAUGGAGCAGGAGCUGGCGCAUGCAGUCAAUGCCAGCUCCCUGGCACUGAGUGAAGCCCUCUCCCACAAAGCUGCUGGCACCUCAGAGUUUCUCAGCAGGAAUAUGGCUGUGGAGAUGGUGCUGAGCAUCAGAGAGCUGUGGGCUGAGACCAGGGCAUUCCUGGAAGGGAAGGCGCUGGACUCGCCGCAGGAGGAGGAGGCGCUUCAGGGCCCCCUGAGCGUGCUGGGUCAGGAGCUGCAGCGGCUGCUGGACAUCCACUGGCUCGGCCCUGUUGCCCACCCUGCUGAGGAGGAAUGUGCCAGCAAGGGCAGCUUUAAGCUUCGCCUCAACAUCCCCAAGCCCAGGAAGGAGAAGGACAAGCUGCAGAAGCAGAAGGCCAACACUGCGCUCCCAGCAGACAAGUGGGGCUCUGAGGAGGUGGCAGCUUGGCUGGAAACGCUCGGUUUAGGAGAAUACAGAGACAUUUUUGUCCGGCAUGACAUCCAGGGCUCAGAGUUGAUUCUGCUGGAGAGGAGAGACCUUAAGGACCUGGGGAUCACCAAAGUGGGCCAUAUGAAGAGGAUCCUUCAGGCCAUUAAGGAACUCAGCAACCUGCCCUAGGCUGACAGCAGAGCAGCAGCCCAGUCCAGGUGCUGGGUGGGUGCUGCCCCCAGGGAACAGGGGUUGGGGUAGGGGAACAGGUCCCUGCCCUUGCCCCAUAUGUAUGGAGCCCCCCCUGCUUGCCUCGCUUUAACUCUGUCCCCAGUGACCCUGGAGCCACUGCUUCAUCCCAGCCUAUGGGGCUGGAGACACUGAAGCAGAGGUCUACCCUGAUAGGUGUGUGGUCUGACCACCAGUCCCACCCCAUCAGGGUCACUGUAGGAGCUGGGGCCACCCUCUGUGUGCUCAAGCUGGAGCCAAAGCAAAGUUUCCCCUUCCCCAUGUGGGUAUUUAUGCUGUGUAAAUAUUUGGAGAGAAGA